ACUUCACAAUCACAGUAACGGAGCUGCUCGUUGGAGGAUCCCCACCCGUAAGCAUGGCGGUGUGUUAGUGUGUAUGUUUGUUCAUAAACACUGGAGAGAUAUGGAAAACGCCAACAGGCGCUGCGACUGCUCAACAUAACCGGAAUAUAACGUGCUUUGUGUCUGCGCGCCGGUACCGGAGGCUGUCCGCUGGGUAUCUCCAUGCACUCUUUGUUUGUUUACUCAAGUAAUAUGGUGAGCUGAGCUGAAGAAAAGCACAAGUUAUUGCUGAUAGCAUCACCCAUCCGCCGUUUCCCCGUACUAGUGCAUUAAUCGCCGGUGAUCAUGAGGCGCUGCCGCGGGCUCGUUUAAACGUUAAUCGACACGUUUAAACGCCGCAAAACAUGAUCGUCAUCAUCGAUAUCAUGAAUGUGUGACUUUAUUCUGAUUUUUAAUUUCCAUCCGGAGAGAUGCGCGAGUAUAAAGUGGUGGUCCUCGGGAGCGGCGGGGUCGGUAAAUCCGCGCUCACCGUGCAGUUUGUAACCGGGACGUUCAUCGAAAAGUACGACCCGACCAUCGAGGAUUUCUACCGUAAGGAGAUCGAGGUGGACUCGUCGCCGUCGGUGCUGGAGAUCCUGGACACGGCGGGCACCGAGCAGUUCGCGUCCAUGCGGGAUCUCUACAUUAAAAACGGCCAGGGCUUCAUCCUGGUCUACAGCCUGGUGAACCAGCAGAGCUUCCAGGACAUCAAGCCCAUGAGGGACCAGAUCAUCCGAGUCAAGAGGUAUGAGAAGGUUCCUGUGAUCCUGGUGGGCAACAAGGUGGAUCUGGAGAGCGAGCGGGAGGUGUCUGUGCAGGAGGGACAGGCUCUGGCCGAGGAGUGGGGCUGUCCCUUCAUCGAGACUUCCGCUAAAAGCAAGACUAUGGUGGACGAACUCUUCGCCGAGAUUGUGCGACAGAUGGACUACGCAGCACAGCCCGAUAAAGACGAUCCCUGCUGCUCCUCCUGCAAUAUACAAUAACCCACACACACACACAGACUUGUUCUUAUAUCCCGGUGGGGACUCUCAUAAACAUGGUUCUACUAUACAAAAUGUAAAUCCUCUUCUCUACGCCCUCACAGGAAACAAUCUGCACUUUUACGUUUAACGUUCUGUCUGCUUUAUGAGCAUGUUUACCCACAGGGACCUCAAUUUUGGUCCCCACGGUGACACAAGUCCCCAUGAGUCUGUGUACAUUCAGGUUUAAGUCCCCACCGGGAUACAAAGACAAGUGCAUACACAUGCAUACGGACCGGACACACUCACAUUGGUUUUGGUGGUUUAUGGGGACUCUCCACAUCCGUAAUCUAUUUUAUAUAGUAAAAAUACACUCACAAAAAACAACAUUUUUAUGAUGAAAUACUCUGUUAAGAACUGUUUUAAAGCGUUCUAAGUUAAAAGGACACAAGACAUGUCCUCAUAAACCCUCUCAAUAAGUACAACUAGGUCACACCCAUGUCAUUAUUCAAAUUUUGGUCCUCGUAAACCACCAAAACCAGUAUAAAAACAUGUCGGUUUUGGUGUUUUAUGAGGACUCUCCUUAGGCAUAAUGUAUUUUAUACAGUAAAACCUACUUAAUAUGUCCCAAUCCCUAAACCCAACCCUUACAGGAAAAAUGUGGCGCGAUAUUACUUCUAAAACACCCUGUUAAGUAUGAUUUUUAAAGCAUUUUGAAUUACAAGGACACAACAUGUCCUCAUAAACCCUCCUAAUAUGUACAACUAGGUCACACUUGUGUCCUCGUAAAACACCAAAAACCAUAAACACACACAUUUUAGUGGUUUAUGAAGACUGUUCUUAGGCGUAAUGUAUUUUACAUUCUAAAAACCACUUGUUUUAUGGUCAAACCCCUAAAGUAACCCUCAAAAUAAAAACGUGGCAAAAUUUGAAUGUGAAAAAUCCCAUUAAGUAUGACUUUUAAGUGUUUUUAAUUACAACGACACAAGGCAUGUCCUCAUAAACCACCUCAAUGUUGAAACACCUAAAUCAUACCAAUCUCAUACAAAUUUCUGUCACAUUUGUCAUACAAAUUUCCUCAUAAACCACCAAAACCAGUACACACACACACUCACAUUUGUAUUUGGUGGUUUAUAAGGACUCUCCAUAGGCAUAAUGUAUUUUUUACAUUAAAAACACUUAUCGUUUGGCCCUACCCCUAUUAACAACCCUCACAGAAAGCCUUUUUUUAUUAUUUUGAAUAACGACGACACAAGAUGUGUCCUUAAAAACCACCUUAAUAAGUAUAACUAGGUCACACCAAUGUCAUUAUACAGAUUGCUGUCCUCAUAAACCAGCAAAUCCAGUACAACAUGUAAUGUUUGGUGAUUUAUGAGGACUCCUCGUAGGUGUGAUGUAUUUCAUACUGUAAAAACCAGAUAUUAUAUGUCCCCACUUCUAAACCCAACCUUCACAGGAAAAAUGUGCCAAGAUUUUAAUGCGAAAUCAAGUUUUGAGCAUUUCAAAUUAUGAGGACUCAAUUUAUGUCCUGUUUAAACCACCUUAUACUAACAACAUGGUCCCUUUUUUACCACCAAAACCAGUACAAACACACACAUACACGUUGGUGGUUUAUGAGGACUCUCCAUAGGCAUAAUGUGAUUUACACAGUAAAAAAAAAACACUCAUUUGACUCUACCCCCAAUAAUUAGUUAAUUACAACUACACAAGGCAUGUCCUCAUAAACCACCUCAAUGUUGUUACACCGAAAUCAUACAAAUUUCUGUCCUCAUAAACCACCAAAACCAGUACACACACUCAAACCCACACUACAGUAGCUUAAUAGACCUUCUAGUGUCGGCAGUUGUCCAUCGUUCGCAUCUACAGACUGACUGGCAUCAUUGUGAGGAGUUUUCUGUCACUUUAUAUGUACGGACUGGCCCGCGGGAAGAGCACUUGCCUUAGUUUUUCACACUUUCUCCUGUUUCAGCGGGAACCGGUCUGACUGUUUGACCCUGUAUUGAUGAUUUGAUCUGAGUUUGUCUCCAGGUCAGAGAGAGAGUAAGAGAUUUCUCAGCCAUAUGCUUGAUAUAGCCAUAUUUUAAUUUAAUGAGGACUUUAGAAUUGUUCAUUUAAGGAGUAGCUUUCUCCAAAAUCAAGUUGAAAAGCUUUGUUCCAAAAGCCCAGAGUGAGCUUGGAUUUGAUGUAUUGCCUGACUUGAAAUUCUGGCUUUUUCAUCUUGCAGUUUUUUAUUUCUUUGUCCAAAAUUGUGACUUUUUCUUGCAAUUGUGAGUUUAAAGACAUUUUUUCAGAAUUACAAAUAUUGCAGAUGAUGUCUCUCAGUGGUUUUAUAUGAUGCAGUUUCUGACAUGUUGUUCUGUUUUCCAUCUCACAACUGAAGUAAUAUCCCACAUAAAUGGCUUUAUUUGCAUUUUUAAAGACAUGUUGCUCUCUUUUAUUUAUUUUUUUACCUUCGACUUGAGCUUUGUUCCAAGAUCUACCAAAACAACGAUCAAAAACAAUCCCAAAGUGAUUCUCUCAGAUCAUUUGUGAUCUCCCAACUGAAGUUAUGGCCCUCAAAACUCUCAUUUUUGAUGGAUUUUUAAUUCCAUUUCUUCUUUUUCCUUCCACUUAAGCUUUGUUUCAAAACACAAUGAUAAAAACAGUCUUAAAGUGAUCAUCAAAGUCAUAAAUCUGACUUUUUCAUCAUCUAGCGUUGAGUUUUGGUUACAAUUCUUCUCGUUUUUUUCCUCAGAAUUGUGAUUUCUGUCUUGCAGUUGUGAGUUUAUAGGUAAUAUCACAGUUCUGACUUCGUCUUGUAGACUUUUUUAUUCAGAAAUGCAAAUCUUGCAGAUCAUUUCUUUUACAUUAUGCAAUUUCUGACAUGUUGUUCUAACGUUUUUCAUCUCACAACUGAAGUAAUAUCCCACAUAAAUGGCUUUAUUUGCACUUUUAAAGACAUGUUGCUCUCUUUUAUUUAUUUUUAAGUUCGACUUGAGCUUUGUUCCAAGAUCUACCAAAACAACGAUCAAAAACAAUCCCAAAGUGAUUCUCUCAGAUCAUUUGUGAUCUCACAACUGAAGUUUUAUCCCACAAAACUCACUUUUUUGAUGCAUUUUUAAUUCCAUUUCUUCUUCUUUUUCCUUCCACUUAAGCUUUGUUCCAAAACACAAUAAUAAAAACAAUCCCAAAGUGAUUAUCAGUCACAAAUCUGACUUUUUCAUCAUCUAGUGUUGAGUUUUGGUUACAAAUCUUCUCUUUUUUUCCUCAGAAUUGUCUUGCAGUUGUGAAUUUAUAGUUAAUAUCACAGUUCUGACUUCUUGACUUUUUUAUUCAGAAAUGCAAAUCUUGCAGAUCAUUUCUUUUAUAUUUUGUAUUUUUCUGACAUUUUUAGACCGCUUUAUCCUACUUUUUUUGGCAUUUUUAAUGACAGUUUGCUCUUUAAUUUUUAUUUCACCUCUGAACACACUAAAAGUGAAUUUUCAUGAGAUUCUCACAAUCACAAAUGUAUUCCUUCAUUAAUUUUUCAUCUUACAUCUUUAAGUUUUUUUCUUUUUUGCUCUGAAUUCGGAGUUUAUUUAUGAUGUUUUCUUUUUUUUCAGAAUCUCGCUAAUAGCGUCUCACUAUUUUGUUGAUAUUAAACAAUUUCCACUAGUUUAAAUCUCACAAUUGAUGUUGAAUCCCAAACACUGACAUUUUCCUGCAGUUUAAAUGACAUUUUGUUUUUUGAAGUUUGCAAAUUUUCUAUUUAAAACUUAUUUUUUCCUCUUCGAAUUCAGGUUUGUUCCAAAACCAACCAAAACGCAAUGACAAAAAAAGCCCAAAGGGAAUUUUCCCCAGAUUCUAACAAUCACAGAUGUAUUAAUUUUUCAUCCUAUGUCUUUAAGUUUUGCUUGUUGUGUUUGUUUCUUUUUUUGCUCCAAACUGAGACUGUUUUAUAAUUCUGAGUUUAUUUAUGUUUUUAAAAAAAGUUUAGACUUUUUCAAAAUUUCUUUUUUUUCCUCUUAAACUUCAGGUUUGUUUCAAAACCACCCAAAACGCAAUGAUAGAACCUGACUUCUACAGUAUUUUUGUUCAUACUAUGGAGUCUUUUAUUCCCAGCAUUCUUCAUAAUAUCUUCUUUUUUUAAGUUCAACAAAAUGAUAAAAGUUUGCAACCGCUUUAGUGUUAGUCGAUGAUGAGAGCAGUUUCAUUUUUGGGGUGAUCUGUAAGCUAAAUGUAUAUCUGGUUUGACUUUUUAAAUUGUUUUUAACAUUGCAUAUUAAAUAUUCAUUCAGAGUUUGACUUGUUAUUGCUGGUUUUGUUUCAGACGUGUGUAAAUGAACAGCUUAUACAGGUUUUGGAACAGAGCUUUAGUCUUUAUGCUGUUUUCAUGCUAAAUAUGAUGAUGAUGAUGAUGAUGAUGGAACAAAAUGUCUCUCAGCUUCACAGUGUAACAGUAACGAACUGUAUUAGCAACCAAAUUGGAGAGAAUGUGCUUCGCUUUAGGACACUAACAAGUGUUCAACUGGUGGGUCGAUAUCUUGUUUUGUACUACAUAGAACAAUUUGCAAUGUUUAA